GUUCGACGGCGUCCGCGCGCCGCCACACACGCUUGAGCGAGCAGCAAGCUUGCGGCAGGGAAUCUCCAUAUACGCAGUUCCCCAACUCGACAACAAAAUUCGAAAAAAACCGCGCCGCGGCGUCCAAACUAGCUGCCAAAAACACAUCUAGACACGUCAGAGAGCUGCGCUGUCGCGGCGUACUUAAAACGUACGCGAAGCGCCGGAUGACAAGCCACAAUUCCGCGCAAAUUGAAGAGGUCCGGGGCGCGGACCGCGCUCCAAAAUAGUCCUGGCUCUAUUGUGACGAGCGUCGUCUCCGGGCUCAAAGAGAUGCGCAACUCGCUGCGUAUCGCGCUCCGCAGCAGUCCGCGCAAGAAGCGCCAGGGUCGGCGACGCGGCGGGUCGUGGCGGGCCAAUUCGACCGGGCGAGCCAACCGCUCGCCGCGCUCGCGCUCGCCGCCACGGCGGCGUCAAGAUGACGACGUGGAUGCUGACGGCCGACGACGCGAUGAUGCCUUUGACGGCCUCGAAGCCCUUGGCGAAGCGGCCGUCAUCAGCCAGCUCACGGACUCGCUCUCGAGCGAGCAGUUCGUCCUCGACCCGCCCGACGCGAGCAGCGUCGAGCCCGAGCCCGUCCUCGCCGUCACGCCGCCGACGCUCGAGCCCGCGCCCAUCAAGGUGGCGUACUCGCCGGACGGCUACGGCGAACCGGGCGCGACGACGAUCAUCCAGCGCAGCUACGACGACGUCGUGCAUACGCCGCGGCGGCUCUCGAUCGACGGCGACGACCCGCUCGAGGGCGACGACGGCGUCUGGGGCCAGUACCUCGAACUGGACGAGACGGAGUCUGCACAGCGGGUGCCUGCGUUGAUCGUCGUGCCCUACCUGUCUCCCCCGAUCGACAUUGCGCCGACCUCGCCGACCACGCGCCGGUCGUCGAACUUCUGAGACUGUCAAUUCACCUCGCGCGCGCGAGACGCGCUUGUCCUCCACUGAGGUCCUGUUACACCACCACACAAAUUGCCUGCCCUGUUGAUACGUAUAAUGGACAUUGUUUUGUAUAA